AAGUAUCUACAGUGACACCGUUGAAAGGGAGGGGGAGGACGAGAGCUGAGCAGUGAGCAAUAGUUCACUGGAUGUGGGAUACAGAGUGGGAUCUGCAGCAGAACAUGAUCAGAUAGCUGAUAUACCAAGACAGUGUGAUACUGUCGACUGCCCAUGACUCUGAAAUAAGCUGUGAGGGAAUCAUUUUGUGAUUGGAUUGGACCCUAAAGGCCAUGUGAGUCCUACAGAAUUUAAUUUGGGAUAGCUGUGAUCAAGGCUAUUUCAGUGGUUCAAAUUAUGACUUCAGUUCUUCACUAAAGUCAUUUUCUAUUUCUCGUCUGUUUCUGAUCUACUGGAUAUCAAUCAAGCAACAACUUUGGAGGACUUGACAGAAGGAGCAAUUGUAAUGCUCUGCUUAUUGAGUGGAAAAAGAGACACAUUUAAAGUAGGAGGCACAGACAUGAUGGUACUCUGUGGCCAUUUACUUUUCUGCCUCAGGAGGAUAGAGUGGUUCUACCCGUAACAAAAGAGAAGAUUUGAAGAAAGCCUGAGGAGAAGGAUGCAGCAGUUUGGCUAAAAGACCUGGGGGAAAAAAGGAAAGUUGGAAAUCAACAUUUAUUGGGAACACUUGCAUACAAGCCCAUAUUAUUUUCCAGUCCAGCCUCACAGGGGAAUCACACAGCCUCAUCACAGUACUCCAGUGACUCUAAUAGUUGUGCCAGCUGGAGGAAACAGAAGAUACGUCACAUAAAAUGGCAGGACAUUGGAUUAGCUGGCUAUUUCUGUACCUUGUUGAUCAGAGAAACAUGUAUUGUAUACACUAGAGUAUUUCCAAUAGAGCAGGGUGGAAAGAAAAGGACAGAAAAUCAAAUGUCUGAAAGGAUAUAUUCAAAAUAAAAUGUAGUUGUGUUUGAAAAUCUAUGUAUAACUGUAUCAUUUGCAUGCCCUAAAUUGUGUAGCAUAAAUAAAUCAACGUCUAAACACCUUCAAAACACAGAUAAUUGUAAAUUACAUUCAUCAACAACAUUUAUGUUGAGAGGAAAAACAAUCAAAAGAGUUGUUACUAAAUCAACAGUGGCUAGGAAAGCUUUGUAAAUCAACAGCUAUUAUUAGAAACAAUCUCCUUAACUAUGUGGGUUGACAGUGAGUGAAUCCUUAGAGAAGUCUAUAUUUUUUUUAAGUACAUCAUAAGUAGCAGACGUCUGUCCUAAACAAGUAGUCAAAAGUAGUUAUAGUCAAUAGUGUGGAACAAAGAGAUAAUGUGUAGAUAGAGGAUGUGUGUUAUUCUUAAACUGAAGUUUUUUUUAAUCUCACACUAAAGCUACUUACGGGGAAAUUUGAAGGGGAAAUGUACAUCAUGUUCAUUGGCCGUUCAUUGGCCUGAGUCCAGAAGCAGCAACACGUUAAUGUACUAUUGCAAACAUUACUGUAUGUCUGUUUAAACAAAGGAAAAUACUUUUAUGCCUCACUUCUCAAUUCCAGUUGACACUGACAUUGUUUUGGGAGGAGCUAUGCACUUCCUCUGAGCCUGGUCAGUUUUGUAUGAUCCAAGCUGAUAGUGUGAAGCCACGUCGCUGUGCCCCACUGAGGCAUGAGUGUGGGAAGGGCCCACCACCACAGCUUCGUGUCCUGUGAAGAAGACGGCCUGAGACUAAGUACCAUGCCUGCUGUGGGCAGCUUCGGCAAUGGCAAGAUUCACACAAGACGCAAAUACCACAGCCGGUUUGUCAGCAAGGCUGGACAAUGCAACAUCCACUUCUCAAACAUGGAUGAGAAGUCACAGCGGUACAUAUCUGACAUUUUCACAACGUGUGUGGACGUCCGCUGGCGAUACAUGUUCUUGCUAUUCAGCCUGGUGUUUGUGGUGUCCUGGCUAACAUUCGGCCUGUCAUACUGGGUCAUCGGCCUCCUACACGGUGACAUGGAACAUCCUGAAGGGGAUGGCAACUUUGUUCCUUGUGUCAUGCAGGUUAACACCUUUGUGGCAGCUUUCCUGUUCUCUGUUGAGACCCAGACGACCAUUGGGUAUGGUGCUCGCUGUGUGACAGAGGAAUGCCCGGUUGCUGUCUUCAUGGUGGUCUUUCAGUCCAUCAUGGGCUGCAUCAUCGAUGCCUUCAUGAUUGGUGCCAUCAUGGCCAAGAUGGCAAGGCCCAAAAAACGUGCAGAGACUCUACUGUUCAGCCACAACGCAGUCAUCGCUUUGCGUGAUGGGAAACUGUGCUUCAUGUUUAGGGUUGCUAAUCUAAGGAAGAGCCACAUUGUGGAAGCUCAUGUACGAGCCCAGCUCGUCAAGCCCCGUUACACAGAGGAAGGCGAAUACAUCCCCUUGGAUCAGAUUGACAUGAACGUAGGUUAUGACAAUGGCACAGACCGCCUGUUUCUGGUUGCACCCCUCACUGUCAUACAUGAGAUUAAUGAAGAAAGUCCACUGUUUGGCAUCAGCAAACAAGAUCUUGAAACAUCUGACUUUGAGAUAGUAAUUAUACUUGAGGGGUUGGUGGAGGCCACAGCCAUGACGACGCAGGCGCGCAGCUCUUACCUGCCUUCAGAGAUCCUGUGGGGUCACCGCUUUGAACCCGUCAUCUUUGAGGAGAAGAGCCAGUACAGGAUAGAUUAUGCCUACUUUCACAAAACAUUCGAAGUACUAUCCACCCCCAGAUGCAGUGCCAAGGACAUGGAGGAGAGAAAAUUCCCAACAUCUGGCGCCAACUCUUUCUGCUAUGAGAACGAGCUGGCCUUCAUCAGCAGGGAUGAGGAGGAGGAGGGGGAUGGGGAGAAAGAGGAAGACAGAAAGUGUUCAACAGAGCUAGUGGAUGAGCAGGCCAUUCCUGGACAUGAUCAAAAGUCCUCCCGUAAAGAAUCAGAGAUUUAACCUUUGGCUGUUGCUUGUUAGGUUUGUUUUUGGAUGCAGAGCAAUGAAAGCGUUGUGGGAAGAGCCCUAUGACUGUCAUUCUCCUGACACGAGGAUACCAAUAAAGGUGGACAAACAGAGCAGUAAUGAUCUCCAUCAGAAAAGCAAGGACAUUUCUCAUUGGAUUUACUCUUUUGCUUUCCCAAAAUUGUUAUGGAGCUUUAAUGCAAAAGAAAACUGUCAUGUUUCAAUUCACAGACAAAACUAGUCAUAAAGUGCAUGACAAUAGCAUAGUUUUGUAUGAAUAUUUUGAGAAAUGUUUCAUAGUUUGCAACAAGUGUGGAGUGAAAUUGACACUUUGCAGAUGAUGUUUAGGAAACUAAACCUUGGGAAUAUUUCUCCAGAUUAAUUUGGUAAAAACAGAAGUGUAGAUUAACAGUGGAUUUUCCUCUUAAUGAUAUGACUUUUGUGAAAAACAAGACUAAAUAUUCUACAUUAUACAAUGUAAAUUGAUGGUAAGUUGGCAUACAUACUGAUAUGUACAUGCAUGCAUGCAUGUAGGCUAACUAUGGGGGGCACAUGACAAGGUAGAUUUUUAAAUAUUUCUAUCACAAAAAGGGAAAGAACUCAUUGAUGCAUAUAUUUGUCUUAUAUAUUCAGCCAGAAGGAAACAUUUGACCUGAGUAGAUGUUAAGAGUUUCUUUCUCAACAGUUUACCAGAAACGUUUUUGAGUGUACACUGAGUGACUGAUCGUUUCUCCAAGCCGUGAUCCCCUUGGUGUUGCUACACCUGUGAAACUUUCCGUUCUUCCACAGCAACAUGCUAUGUACAAUAAUAAGCAGAUUUAACCCUUGGAAGCAAGUAUUUUCAGAAACAAUGGGUCCUUGAUUUGAGGCAGUGGUAGAAAAAAGCAGGCUUAUAAUUUUUUAGCAGACAACCGUUGAUUAUAUUUCACUCUCACUGGCUAAAGUUAGGCAGCCCACAAAAAAACUGACUGCCUGUCUUCUUCACAGUAUUUAAAAAAGUGAGUUUUACAAGAUAUGUCUCUUUUAAGUUUAAAGGCCAAAUCCAAAAAAACUAAAAUAUUGACCAAAGGGAACCCAAGCACACAACACAAAAUACAGUACUGAGAAUAUCUCUUCAAGUGCUUGAAUAUUGAUAUAAGGUUUCUCACAUUUACAUGUUCUGUAAUCACUUUUAUUAAUAUAUAUAUAUACAUAUAUUGUGUGACGUUUUAAUAAGCUCUAACUCAGAUUUAGAUGCGUUAUAGAGUUUUCUUCAUGUCAUAAUAAAAUAUUAUAUCAGACUUUUUUUAAACAAAAAUGAAUGAAAAAUGAAUGAAAUGAAAAUGAAUUUAAAGUACUUAAUGGGUUUGAAGAUUAUAUGACAAUAAUAAAAAAAUAGUCUACCUGGAAAUCAGUGUAAACAAAUCAAACCAUACCCUGAGAUAACUCUUGGCAUAUUAUAUUUAUGUGAAAACAAGCAGACAUGCAGGCAAUCAAGAAACAUUUAUUUAAUCGCAUUUCGUAGAGACAUGCGCAUCCUAGUUUAUACAUUAUUUUUCUUAGUUCUUCUCCAGAGGCAUUAUUCUCUUUCUUUCUCUUACUAUUAAUAGGGCAAGUAAUAAAGAUUUUAGGUCAGACUGGGUACCACUGCUUCACUUAUCCCAGGUGAGAUUAAUUUGUUUUCCCUCCACAUUUCUCAAACUAAUAGCUCCAUGUGGGUUAACUUACUACACCUGACUGCCAUUUCAGCAAAUUUCAACACAUUUGUAUUUAUAUCUUGCUGACUUGUGCUGAAAAUAUCAGAAUGGGCUUGUUCCAGAAACAAUUUGUGGGUCCACUGCAUGUAAAGUCAGAGAAAAGAUAGCUAAUUUGUACAUUUGUCAGGCCAUUGUUGUAAAUAAAUCUUUUUUAUUUUUGGUUUUAUCAUCUUUCUGGCUGAAUAGACACUAAGUAUUAAAACAUUAUUAAAAAAUAAUCUGUGUUAAUGUCAUACAUGUCUUAAUCAAAGCAAGAAACUGGAAAUACUCUCUUUGCUUGAUGGACUAAAAUAACGUCUACUGAAUUGAACAACCUCUUCUUGUCUUCCACUAAAUGCAUUUGAAGCAAUCCGUACUUUGUUUUCUUCUCACAAUAUUUUAGUUUGUUGGGUGAGACAACAAUAUAUAAAUUGACAGAAAAAGAGAAAUCUCCUGUUGAUUACCACAAUAAAAUAUAUCUCACAAAGCCAA